AAGUGUCACAGUUCACCGCGCUUUCAUUGCUGGCGACCCGCAAAAAUUGCCAUGUUUCGAAUAGAAGUGUAUAUCGUGGUUCUCUCAAUAGCAUGUGGUGCUUACGCAGUUACCUUCGACAAUCUUUUAAUGGCGCUGAAUACCACCGAAAGGAUCUGGACCCGCACACGGAGUUUGAGAGUCCAUCAUUGCGCUUGCGUACACAAAUGCCAGCACUAUGUGAAAUUGAGCCUUGAUCGUAUGAAUUACAAAUUCCUCGAAUACUAUAAAUGUUCCGGCAAAAUGCAGAAGCGUCACCUGUAUGGCCAACUAAUUCCACAUAUGAAAGGACAACUGGGUCCCGUUAUGCGCGUGAGCAUGUGCCCAGGUGCUCCUGCAGUAGAUUAUACUUUACGGUACUGGGACCCAUAUGAGCGGUGUGCCAUUUAUACUACAUUAUUAAAAAGCAAAAUUGAAUGUGAAAUGCAUAUAUGGGAUGACAGAGUGGAUACGAAGUUACGCAACUGUUACAUGCAUUACUACAAAUAUUGUCACGAGCAGCAUCCCCUUUACAGUUCAGUUUGCAAGAACCAGCAGUGACUUCGUGAAGUGUGGAGAGCGUGCCGUAAGGUGCUCUGCGCAGACGCUCUGUAGAGUGCAAGGGAGUGUCAAAUAAUAAAUUGAAAACUAUGCUGUCGG